UGUGGGUACCAACUGUGAUGUAGAGAUCAAUGAGUGCUCGGGAUCCAGAAAAUGCAAUCAUGGAGGCACCUGUGUUGAUCAGAUUGCUGGCUUCUCAUGUCUCUGUCCUAAUGGUACAAUAGGAUCGACCUGCAACAUCAAUGACUACUGUAACAUCAUCUCGCCAUGUCAGAACAAUGGCCAGUGUGUGGACAUCAGCGUUCCAUGCACUGACAACUCAGGAACUUUCUGUAAUGCUACAUAUGAGUGUCAAUGUCAAAGUGGUUUCACUGGUAUAAAUUGUGAAAUAAACAUAGAUGAAUGUGCAUCCUCCCCCUGCCAGAAUGGUGCUACAUGCAUUGAUCAGGUGAAUGGUUACAUUUGUUCCUGUCCAUCAGGCUUUACUGGAACCACCUGCCAAGUGAACAUCAAUGACUGCCAGUCCACAUCCUGCAACCAGCGUGGGACAUGUGUGGACGGUGUGAACUCCUUCACUUGUAACUGUGCAACUGGGUACACUGGCGCCACCUGCAACAGAUUGGUGGAGACCAGACUGGUGUCAUACUCCUUCGAGGACUCCUGUUUCAAGCCUGGAGAUGACAAAGGAAUCACUGUCAACAUGGAUGUCACCUUCCCAUACUUCCAGCACAAGGUUUCCUCUGUGUUUAUCAGUGACAAUGGCUACCUGACCUUCAACACUCGACUGCCAUUCUUGUUUCGGCCAUAUCCCUUCAGCCAGCUAAGGGUGCCUUUGCUUGGUGUGUUCUGGUUAGACCAGGAUUUCACCAACCCUGGACUCACUAAUGCUGAGUCCAGACUCUGUUACCAGGCCUAUGAUGUCAUCAAGGGACUCAGUGACACAGGAAACUAUGUCAAAGAUGUUGCUGAAUAUGAAGUGAAUAAUAACCCAAAUAUGCAGCUCAGCUUCAAGUUUAAAGCCAGUUUUAUCUUUGUGGUCACUUGGGAGAAGGCUGUCCCCUAUCCCUCUGUAUUAUACUAUGGACGUGAGAACUUCACCUACCAAGCAGUCAUUGCUACCGAUGAAAAGUAUACCUUUGCCAUUCUGAACUAUGGCGAUAUGUUUACGAGGUCAGGAAGUAGGUCCCGCCCUGUUUAUGUUGGUUAUGCUACAGGGGAUUUGUCCUGUCCGUCAUUCAACCACGCCCAAUGUUAUGGACAGAAUUACCUGUCUAAUCUUCCUGCUGUCUACAACAUCAACUCAUUGAAAGGGAACACUGGUUCAACAGGAAAAGAGAUGUACAGACUUGACAACAGUGACAACCAGAUCAACUAUGACCAGCUGUGUCUGGAUUGGGCCCUGGCCCAGAACACGGGACUCUUGCGUUUGCUUGACCAGUCCAACGGCCCCUGUCCCUGCACUGCAUUGCAAGCACUACAAGACUUCAGCUACAGAUUUGACACCAGCACUUUCUGUGCCAUCAGCAGGUUUCCUGCAGAGCUAGGGGGAGGAAGGCAAUGCUGUUACAACUCCCAGUUAUGGCUGAUCACCAGUGGCCCCACAGCUGGCACCAUGAUUAAGAGCUUGUACCCUGGAAGUCUUCGAGAGAGGGAGGACACCCUCCCUAAAGAGUGGUGCUGUCAGAAAUCCAAUAACCCCGAUGUUUACUGCCUGGUGUACCAGGGAUACCGACCUGUGGACACCUGCCUUGGCUAUGGGAUACGCUUCCCUUUUGCUGAUGGUGAUCCACAUUUGGCCACCAUAGAUGGCAAGGACUACACCUUCAAUGGCCACGGAGAAUACGUCAUGGUGGAGACUGUGGAGGGAGCCUCAUCUGAUGGCUACAUCCCUUUCUCCUUCCAAGGACGUACACAGCCUGCGUUACGUGAUGGUCAGGCAACCAAUGCCACCGUGUUCAGUGCCUUCGCUGCUAAAUCUAACAACUCUGACACACUGCAUGUAGAAAUGGUGACCAAUAACACUGCCUUAGAAGUCUGGGCAUACCGUGAAAGCACUGGCCAAUGGGAGCUGGUAAAUCUGACUUCUGCAAUUCCAACUUUCGACAAUAUGGAAGUGAUCUAUAAUGCUACAGGCAGCAGUGUAACUGGGGUGUUUUCUUCAGGCUGGUCUAUCACCAUUUCCCUCAGUGAAGGUGUGCUCAGUUUCUUGGCUGGAGCACCUGGGACUGCCAUCAACAGGACACGAGGUCUACUGGGGGUGUUCAAUAAUGACAUCACAGAUGACUUCACCACACCUGACGGCACUAUUCUGCCUAUCAAUUCAACAGAAAGACAGAUCCAUUACAACUUUGGACAGCUGUGGAUGGUCCAAGAAGGGGCUUCCCUCUUCCAUUACAAGGGUGAACUGACAACCUCCAGUUUCCAGGAACCCUCUUUCCAGCCAGUUUUCUUUGACGAAAUCAGCUGGCCAAAUGAAACCAUCAAAGCCGAGUAUUACACCAUCUGUAAUAAUGUUACACAGUGUGUUUAUGACUACUGGCUUACUCUGGACAAGAAGCUGGCAGAAGCCACAGCUACGAAGCAGGCAGAAAAUGCUGUUAAGGCUGGGGAAGCAAAGAAUGCUGUCCCCAGAAUCAGGCUGAUUCCAGCCACAGUCAAUGUCACAGGAGGUGACCUGGUCACUGUUAGUGUAUCUGUCAUUGAUGAUGAUGUCACAGACGUGGUCAGCUUGUCAUACACUGGAAAUACCACGGGAACUAGUUUUAACAACAGCACUGGACUCUUUACCUGGACCCCAGCUCUCACAGCACAGGUGUUUAUGAUCAGGUUCAUAGCUGACGAUGGCAAUGGUGGGGUGUCAGAGGCAUCAGUCCGGAUAAGUUACUGCAGUGGAUGCUCUUCAAGUGGCACAUGUAACUUUGACAGGCAGACCCUGCCAGAUGUGAACUUCCCCAACUUUGCCGUGGCAACUUGUGAAUGUGCUCUAGGAUAUACAGGUGAUGACUGCAGUAUAGAUCUGGAUGGCUGUCUAGCUAACCCAUGUCCACAGGAUGUGAACUGCACUGAUGUUCCAGCCCCUCUCCACAGCAGUUCUGGAGUAGCCUUCACCUGCUCUGACUGCCCAUCAGGGUUCACACUGGACAACAACACCAGAAAGUGUGUGGAUAUUGAUGAGUGUGCUAUGGGCUCCAAUGUGACCAAUAACUGUGAACAGUUGUGUGAAAACACAGAGGGCAGCUACACAUGCACCUGCUAUGAUGGAUAUAGAAGCAAUGGAUCACGCUGUUAUGAUGUUGAUGAAUGUACUGAGAGGUCAGACAACUGUGACCAGAUUUGUGUCAACACAAAUGGAAGUUUCUACUGUGAGUGUGCUGCAGGAUACACCUUGAAUGUCACCUCUAACCUGUGUAUAUCUGACUCUGAUAUCUGCCAGCUGUUGAACUGUAGCCACUACUGCACCAACUCCACGGGGUCAGUCUUGUGUCAGUGUCCUGACGGCUUCAAUCUGGACACCAACAACCGCACCUGUCUAGACAUUAACGAGUGUUCAGACCCAGUGUUAAAUGGCUGUGACCAGUUGCUAGGCAACUGUAGUAACACAGCUGGAGGCUACACCUGCUCCUGUCAGAUAGGCUACGGGCUUGCCAGUGACAAAAGAAGUUGUGAAAAGUGUGUGGCCCCACAGUAUGGCCUGGGUUGUGUGGAGAUAUGUGACUGUCAGGGCAGAGCUGCCACCUGUGACUACAUCCUAGGCUGUGUAGACUGUCAACCUGGCUGGAACGGCUCCCAAUGUGCCGCUGACAUCAAUGAGUGUCUUAACAACACUAUAUGUGGCAACACCGGCCAGUGUGUCAAUACCAAUGGCUCAUUCUACUGUGUAUGCCCUCAAGGCUAUGUGCUGAAUGCUUUAGGCACAUGUGAAAAUAUAGAUGAGUGUGUGUUGCAGACACCUUGUAGUUUACAGGCAACAUGCAAUGACACCAUAGGCAGUUAUGUCUGCACAUGUAAUGAUGGCUACACAGGCAAUGGAACCUUCUGUGCUGAUGUGGAUGAAUGCAAUAGCACCAACCCUUGCACUGGACCAUAUGAGGAAUGUAUGAACACAGUGGGCUCGUAUCUCUGCAAAUGCCAGAGUGGCUUUCAGCGUGACGUGGACGGAGUUUGUGCUGAUGAUGAUGAGUGUCUCCACAGUAGUUCCUGUGAUACCAUGGCAACAUGUCUUAACACAGUUGGUUCAUUCACCUGCACCUGUAAUGCAGGGUACACUGGGACUGGUCUGGUUUGUAAUGAUAUAGAUGAGUGUAAGAAUAUCUCUGCUUGUAGUGGUCAGGGUCAAGUGUGUAAUAAUACAGAGGGAGGGUUCCAGUGUCAGUGUGACUCUGGCUAUGUACAGAACAACACAGUAUGUGAAGACAUCAACGAGUGUGACCUCAAUCUGUGUCCUAUCAGCUCCUACUGUACCAACAUCCCAGGGGGCUACUACUGCACCUGCUUCCCGGGGUUACAGGGUGACUUCUGUAAUAUCACCAUAGCUACAACUGCAGCUCCAUUUACAGCAACAACUUCUGAGGCGGACUUAUUAACAACAUCAGCUGACAACUACACAGUAACAACAACAGCAAAUAUUGUUACUGAAACUACAACAGAAGAAACUGUGACAACUUCUGAGGCCAACUUAUUAACAACAUUAGCUGACAACAUCACAGUAACAACAACAGCAAAUAUUGAUACUGAAACUACAACAGAAGAAACUGUGACAACUUCUGAGGCCAACUUAUUAACAACAUUAGCUGACAACAUCACAGUAACAACAACAGCAAAUAUUGAUACUGAAACUACAACAGAAGAAACUGUGACAACUUCUGAGGCCAACUUAUUAACAACAUUAGCUGACAACAUCACAGUAACAACAACAGCAAAUAUUGAUACUGAAACUACAACAGAAGAAACUGUGACAACUUCUGAGGCCAACUUAUUAACAACAUUAGCUGACAACAUCACAGUAACAACAACAGCAAAUAUUGAUACUGAAACUACAACAGAAGAAACUGUGACAACUUCUGAGGCCAACUUAUUAACAACAUUAGCUGACAACAUCACAGUAACAACAACAGCAAAUAUUGAUACUGAAACUACAACAGAAGAAACUGUGACAACUUCUGAGGCCAACUUAUUAACAACAUUAGCUGACAACAUCACAGUAACAACAACAGCAAAUAUUGAUACUGAAACUACAACAGAAGAAACUGUGACAACUUCUGAGGCCAACUUAUUAACAACAUUAGCUGACAACAUCACAGUAACAACAACAGCAAAUAUUGAUACUGAAACUACAACAGAAGAAACUGUGACAACUUCUGAGGCCAACUUAUUAACAACAUUAGCUGACAACAUCACAGUAACAGCAACAGCAAAUAUUGAUACUGAAACUACAACAGAAGAAACUGUGACAACUUCUGAGGCCAGAAUCACCACUGAAAAACAUCUCUUCCACUGCUGUGAGUCUUGUGACAGGAGCAACAAGCACUUCUGCAGCAGAGAUAACCACUCAAAUGAUUCUAAUUCUGUACCAGGAGUAACAAUACAAGAGACAACAACAACCACCAGACAAGCACCAGCAGAGGGCACCACUGUACUGCUCAGCAUCACUGUUAACAUCACUUACCAAGCAGGUUUUAACGACUCCACCUCCCUGUUCUGGAGAGCUCUAGAAUUACAGUUGGCCAGCUUGUACAGUGGAUUGUCAGGCUUCCUUAGAGUCGUCAUCAUUGAAAUAAGAAAUGGUAGUACCAUAGUAGACCACCAGGUGGUGUUCAACAGCACUGUCAAUUCCCAGACUAAAGAGGAGGUGGCAAGCCAAUUCAACACUGGAAUAGAGAGCCAAAACAAGAUUUUCACAUAUAAUGGAACAGAAUACCCAGUGACUGCCGCCUCAGUCUUUACAGCAGGCGGUGAAGUUGUCAUCUUCCCCAAGUUUUCCCCCUGUGACAUCUACAUCAAGGAGAAGGCAUGUCAGAAUGGGGCUGUGUGUGAGACAUCCAAUAACACGGCCACAUGCAGAUGUCCUCGCGGUUACUCGGGAGACUUCUGUGAUGUGAAGAGCGGUCUGACAGAGCUGGAGAUAGUAUACGUUGUCCUGGGCUCUGUAGGAGGGGUUCUCUUGAUAGUCAUCCUUAUACUGCCCAUUUUGAUCUGCUGCAGACACUACAGGUCUAAGAGCCUAGGAAGCUCUUCAUACAGUGACAUAACUCAGAUGUCCUACGGUCGAGUGACUGGCGCUUUCCAUCCUAAAUAUGGCAUGGACUGGAAGAACAUGAGGGACGGACGUGGGAUUUAUAACCAACAAGGCUUCAACUGGCGUGACUGGCUUGGAGAUGAUGGGGAACAAUCCCAGAGUUCCAGUGAUAUGACUGUGCACCGAGACCAGAUGCAUUAUGGGCCAGGUUUUUUCCAUUCCUCCACGCAAGCCAUAGCUCACCCUAGCAAUUCUAGUCUGGAUAUCUAUGACAGAAGGCUCAAAGCUGAUGAUGACUCUGAUUCAGACUGGGCAGACUUGGUCUCUACCACCCUGGACAAGGACAAAACAUUCCGUAUAAAACGCCCACAGGUGGAUCCAGCCAAGACAAGCCCAUACAGGCUAAAACUGAAGCCAGAGUCUAACAUCUGAGCCAUUUGUCCACAGAUUUAUGUCCAUACAGCUCUGUGCAAUAGUGGCCGUGCCAUGCAUGGUGCACAGUUUAUGGUGCUCACAAAGAUGAAAAUGAACUCAUUCUGUAUCUCUCCAUAUCUGAAUAUAAGCAAUAUUACUGCUGUACUGUAUGUACCAUACAUGUAGAUCACCAAAGAGAUAUUGAAGUGUACAGCAUAGUUUAAAAUGACAAAAACUGCAACUUUGUCAUUUUGGUAAACUUUCAAACUUGAAUACAAAUGAGAGAAAGUAAUCAUAUUGACUCUAUCUGAAACUGUGACAAUUAGCUAUGUUAUUUGUCUGUACACUUUUAGUAAAGUCAUUACGCAAGCCCCUCCCUGAUAAUGCACUUUUGACAACAUUUGUUCCAGACCAAUCUGAAGUUAAUGAAGUAGAUAUAAUCAGUAUAUUUAUUAGGUAUAUGUAUAUAUGUACAUGUAAAAUCUGUAGAACUGUUUGAUGAAAACUAUACUCACUAUCCGACUGUGAAACCUUCUGUAACUAGCUAAACAUGCAGAUUACAAGUUUGGGGGCUUAUUAGAAGCACCCCAUACUGGGACAUUCCAAACUUUGAAUUUAUUUUUAUAUUAUGUGAAUUGUUUCCUUCAUAUGGUGGAAACUUAACUGUGAUAUAAAAAUUGAGGAUGCAUUCCAUGCCAAGUAUAUGAGAGGUGGACCAUUGUACUGUAGACAUAAUGUCCAGGUUAGUUAGCACAUUGUGACUCCGUCCAAAGUAUACAAGUUGUUACAUAUACAAGGUUAUUUCACAUACGAUUACAUCAUACUUGUAUAGCUUUUUAUCUCAUGUUCAACAUAUAUUAUAUCAUUCAUUCAUAAAGAAACAAGUUAUGCAAAUGAAAGCAAUCAUCAUGUGUCUUCCCAGCAAUGAAUGGUCACCAGGACGGUUCACAUUGCUUUGUGUUUACUAUGCAACAUUUUUAUUCCAGAACAUUUAUUAUUUACAUAUCAUUUCAUGUAUUAGUAGUUUUACCUCAAAAAAGGGCUUGGUAAGCAAUGUACAUUUCAUACCGAGUAGGUUAUAUGGCAUAUGUAAGUUUAUUUUACUACAAAUUGGAAACUUGUAUUGUUACAUUUUCUACAAGCAGUAAAGCAUUUUUGCAUUCAUUUCAUACUCACCAGCAUUGUAGAUUAUUUCAUACUUAAAACUUAGAAUAUACUAUUGCUCGUAUUUUUAUUAUGCUAGUAUACAUUAGCCACUUUAAUGAUAUCAUAAUAGUUUACAUAUGUAGAAUGUCUUUAUUCAAGAAUUUAACAAUUGACAGAUUACUAUUUAUUGAUAAUAAUGUUGUAAGUUUUGCUGUAGCAAAGACUUUCAUAAAAUGUUAAGUCUAGAAUGUAAAUAUUUUACGUGUAGAUACUAAAGAAAUAAAUUAUUUUUACAUUAAUAAAAAAAUGAGUAAAAUUGUGGUUGUGUUCAAAGUACAUUAAUUUGAAAUAAUAAAAAAACUAAUCCUUGCUGGGUCACUUACAAUUCUAUUAAAAAAGAGUAUAUUCAGCGGUUACCAAAUUAACAUCACAUAGAAAAAUACACAAAUUAUCAAGAAUAAUGAAAACAAUCUACAAGUAUGUCUUCAACCUGCUCACUAAUACCUUCGGGGUGACUUGCAUUGUAAAGUUAAAAUUUAACAAUAAAUAUAAAUAUGAAUCUCAAGUCAACUCACGCAAAAAAAAAAUGCAAAUUUAAAAUAAUGUUAUUCAAUGGUCUCAGCCCUCAUCUGAUCACACACAGAAUUAAAAUAAAAAACUAUCUUGGGAACAUGCUGAACUUACAUGUGCAAAACCGUGAAAAUAUUUACAUUCACAUCCCAGAUAGUAAUGCUGGAAGGUAAUGGAAGUAAAAUAUCUUAUAAAAGUAGGAUCCAUCACCCCCCCCCCCUUCUCCCUUCACCCGCCAGGUGUCACCACAACUGUGACCUUGAAAAGUAGGUCAAGGUGAAUCACUGGGAUAGUCUCACUAAAUCCAAAGAAAAGUGUUCCACAUUUGGUGGUGUUAAGACAACUACUAGCAACUGUCUGUAGUGUCUCAGGAGGCUGAGCUAGUUCCCUGUAUUGUAUGUCUUAUAUGCCAGAGUUAAGACAACUACUAGCAACUGUCUGUAGUGUCUCAGGAGGCUGAGCUAGUUCCCUGUAUACCUGCCUGUAAAACUCUGAACAAACUGUGGACAUCCUCAGUCUUCAGGCAGGUGGCAGCAUUGUCCUCUAUCCGCUUCUCCUCCACGGCAGUAGUGACCAGCUGCUCCAGAGAAUGGUCAAUAUUGACUGUGUAUGGGAGAAAAUGUCCAACAUCUUGAAAAGAAAACUCGUGCUCCUUCAGGAGUGCUGCCAUGUGUUGUGGAUUGCAGUCCAACUUUAACAAGGACUUCCAGUCUGAGGGAUGAGGACAGUUCACAUCAACAUUCUCCAGUAGCACAUCCUGAUCUGUAAAAUACAACACACAUCAACUUUAACAAGGACUUCCAGUAUGAGGGGUGAAGACAGUUCACAACAACCUACUCCAGUAGCGUGUCCUGAUCUGUAAAAUACAACACACAUCAACUUUAACAAGGACUUCCAGUAUGAGGGG